AUGCAUUUGAAUAUUGCACAAACACCACCAUCAUCAUUAAUAUUGCCAACAAUCUAUGCUGAUUGGACACGAAUGUUUCGAAAAAAUCAUAAAUAUCGUACUGCAAAUUCACGACGUAAAUCAUCUGAACGAAGAUUGAUUGAAAAUAUUGGUGAAUAUCAACGAUUAAUGAACCGAGAAAUGUUGGCCAUAAUGCAAGAAAUGAAAUUUGAUCGUAUGGCCAUCAUUGUCGAUGAUGAACGACAAUUCAACAUUGAUUCAAAACGUAUUGAACAUGGUGAUCGAUUAACAAUUGAAGAAUAUAUUCGAUGGCUUUAUGAAUUACAUAGAAUGGCGCAAAAUUUCAAAGAUCAAUUAAUUGAUGAACAAAAAAUUGAAGGCCGAAUCGGUUGAUUCCAAUUUUUCAAUAUUUUGUGUAUUUUUUUAUAAUAAAUUAAUUAAUAUUUUACAUUUCAAGUUAUUGGGGAA